UCUUCAGGUGCGUGUCUAAUUCAUUUGUCACCAAAAUUUACACCCGUCAUCUUCCCCACCCGCUCCCAAACCCUAGCCGACCUCGCCGGCGGUGGGCUCUCGGACUAUGGAGACGGAGGGGGCGGCCCCCCCGCCCAAGAAUCCCCCCCGCCGCCCCCGGCGCCGCGACCUCAACGCACUGGAUCCAUAUUUAGAGGAAUCUGAUGGACAGGACAUUGGCAUUCCAGAAGUUGGCAUGGUGUUCAAUAACCACAUGGAGGUCAACCGAUUCUACCGUAGGUAUGCCCGUCGUGUUGGUUUUGGUGUCUCGGUUAGGAGGUCCUCGUUCUCACAAGAAGGCACCUGCUUAUAUCUCGAGCUGAUGUGCUGUAAAGGAGGGCGUCCACGUUAUGAGCCUAAGUUCAGGAAGCGGGCCUCAUCAACCACCAAUUGCCCAGCAAGGAUCCGUGUGAAGUUAUGGGGAGACAAAUUGUUGCAUGUAGAGUUGGCAAACCUUGAUCAUAAUCAUCCUGUGAGCCCAGCAAUGGCAAGGUUCUUGAACUCUUAUAAGCAGCUUUCUGGCCCUGCGAAGAGGCGGCUGCGUAUGGGUGGACCUGGAGCUAUGCCAGUUGAAGAGCCAAGCAAGAUGCCUGUUGAUAAGUUGGGUGCACUCGAGGAACUUCUGUUUGGAGAGAGCAAGAACCAUAAGUUUGUUGAGAGGGGCCGUUUGAAGCUCCAACCUGGAGAUUCAGAAGCACUUCGACUUUUCUUUACCCGAAUGCAGGCCAAAAAUGCAAACUUUUUCAAUGUUAUCGACUUGGAUGAUGAAGGCUGUGUCAGGAAUGUUUUUUGGGCGGAUGCAUGGUCAAGAGCCAUGUAUGAGUAUUAUAAUGACGCUAUCACCCUUGACACUUCCUAUGUGGUUAGUAAACAUGAUAUGCCUCUUGUGACCUUUCUUGGGGUGAACCAUCAUGGCCAAUCUGUCUUGUUGGGUUGUGGCCUGCUCUCUGAUGAAACAGCAGAAACCUAUACGUGGCUGUUUAAGGCGUGGGUAGCAUGCAUGUCUGGCAACCUUCCAAAGGCUAUCAUCACUGACCAAUGCAGGGGCAUCCAGAGUGCAGUUGCUGAGGUUGUUCCUGGAGUUCGCCAUAGAAUAUGCUUGCAUCAGAUAAUGAAAAAGGCGGCAGACCAAUUAAGUGGGCUAUCAGAGUACAAAGCUAUCAGCAAGGCAUUGCAAAAGGCUGCAUAUGAUUCUUUAACAGUAGAUGAGUUUGAAGGAGAAUGGAGUACUUUGAUCACAUACAAUGGGCUUCAGGGUCAUGACUGGUUAAGAUCACUUUAUGAGUGCAGAUUUUCAUGGGUUCCUAUCUUUCUUAAAGAUGCUUUUUGGGCAGGAAUGUCUGCUACACAAAGAAGUGAAACUAUCACUCCUUUCUUUGAAGGGUAUGUUGAUUUGAAAACCUCUUUGAAGCAAUUUCUUGGUAAGUAUGUGAUGAUUUUGCAGAGCAAAUACGAGAAAGAAGCCCAAGCAGAUUUUGAGACAUUUCAUAAGCAACGUCCACCUGUUUCAAAAUUCUAUAUGGAAGAACAGCUCUCAAAUGUAUACACCCAUAACAUGUUCAAGAAGUUCCAAGAUGAGAUUGAAGCCAUUAUGUACUGCCAUGUAUCUUUGAUGAAUGGUGAUGGGCCCAUCUCCACAUUUAAUGUCAAGGAAUGUAUUUUCCUUGAAGAUGGUAAAAGGACUAUGAGCAAGAUUUUUGCAGUUACUUAUAACACAGAGGAAAAGGAUAUAACUUGUAUAUGUGGAGGUUUCCAAUUUAGCGGCAUAUUAUGUAGGCAUAGUCUCUCCGUGCUCAAGUUCCAACAGGUUCGUGAAGUUCCUUCACAGUAUGUUCUUGAUAGGUGGAAAAAGGAUUUUAGACAGUUACAUGUGAUGGGACGACUUUCAAGUGAUGUUGUUCCCGACAAUCGUGUGGAUAGAUAUGACUAUUUGUCGAUGAGAUGCCUGCAGCUUGUUGACUCUGCAGUCCUGUCAGAUAAGUAUCGCCUUGCUUUGAGGCUGGUGAGAGAGGUUGAGAAGUUCCUAUUAAAUAGCAAUACACAUGAUGAUACACAGCCAAGGAUCAAGUCUCGCAUUCCUAAAGUAAAACCAAAUACAGUGACUGGUCAAAAUUUGGUGAAUGUCGUUACUGACAAUGGGAAUGGUGGGCCCAAAGGACCAGAGGCUUCUGCAUCGGCGCAGGCAUCACAAAUCCAGAAGGGAGUAGCAGAAAAGGCUGUAGUUCCUGCUGGUUACAUUGGUGUGCCAGCUAACGUCCAGCAAUUCAUGGGCAAUCAAGCUGCAAUGCGCCCAAGUAUUGUUUACAUGGUUCCGAGUGGCGUUGACCCGCAGGCAUUUGGAAAUGGUGUUUUGAUGCCAGUGAUGUACCAGCAGAUGUUCCAGAUACCUCAGCAGCCAAAUGGAGCCGCGCAAGACACAUUAGCAAACGGUAAAAGGAAGCGACCCCGUGCCCAGAAGCCAACAGAGACAUCUCAUCAGUCAAAUGGAACCUCAGGACCUGCAGCUGGCUAAGGGCACUCUUCACAACAGGAGUUGGUAAAUAUGCAGAGAAAGAGGAGUCCUGAUGCCAAGAGGAAUCUUGUGUAGGCAUGCCGGCAGCAAGAGAAGCGCACCUCAAUGAUCGCAGCGUGACCCUCAAGCAUUUGUGCGGCCAGGUGCCAUCUUCAUUUGGGUCAUGCUGCUGCAGUCCUGACAUGUGUAGAAGACAGUUAUCUUUUGAUUGAUGUCGAUUCCAGCAACAUUAGCAACAUCUAAUCUCUUGCGCCGAGUGUGGCAGUGGCUCUUGUUGAGGGCAUGUAAAUGAUUUAUUUUUUAACCGAGCAUGUAAAUGAUUUUGCUGAAUGAGCUCUAUCCUGUCA